ACAAAACACAAAAAGGAAAAACAGUGUUAAUUAUUAAUUUCCUAAUUUAAGAGAAAAUUUACACAACAAUGAAUUAAAUCUUUCUGAAAAGUUUAAAUAUCACUAAGUGAAUGAAUGAAUUUCUUUUAUUCAGAAAAGAACUGCAAGAACUUUUUAAAGAAGUGGAUUUUUGUGAGAAGAAAUCCAAAAAAAAGUCCUAACCUCUAAUUUCGUCCACAUUUUUCGAGACUAAAAACUAAAAUUCACAUUUAUUAAUUAAACAUUAAUUAACGAAAAAUUUUUAGUGAAUAUUUACUUAUUUCAAAUAAGUACUGAAUAAUGUGAAAAAGACUGAUAAAAUAUUUAGUGUUUUUUAAUUAUAUUCUUAAAAUAGAUCAUUAUAGGGAUGUAAAGCGAGAGAGAAUGCUGAAAUUUUAAUUUCCACGAAAAUUUUGAAGAGAAAAUUUGUGAUGUUAUUUAGUUUUUAAUGUUUAUGUGAGAAUAUACAAUAAUUCGCACCAUGGUGCUGAGGACAAUAAUUUUGGUGAUAAUUGGCUUGCAUUGUGCAUUUGCAUUGAAAAAAUAUGAGAAUCAAGGCUAUUGUGCGCCAUACAGUGGUAAGGUUUGCAAAAAAUACCUUACAGGAAUCGGCAAAGUUUGGUUUAAUGAUACACGAGAUAAUCCCGGUGGAUUAUUAAAUGAACAAACGGCAAUGAAUCUAUGGGAAGAAUUGAUAGUAAAUUUAAACGAGCCAUGCCGUUCAGCAGCCGAGAAAAUGCUUUGUCUAUACGCUUUUCCACAAUGUCGAAAUUCAAUCGGUUUACCAUUGUGUUACGAGGAUUGUAUGGCCGUUCGUCACGAAUUUUGCUUUAACGAAUGGGCCUUAAUCGAGGACAAUAAAGAGAGGGAUAUUUUUAUCAGAUCCCGAGGACAUUUUUUACUGCCAAAUUGUGAAAGUCUUCCAAAAAUUAGUAACGAUCAAGUUACUUGCUCAAACAUACACUUGACUGACAUAAACGAAGAUCUCAUUACUUAUAAUUGUAUUCAGGAUAAUGGACGAUUUUAUAUGGGAAAAAUGAAUAGAACAAACGAGGGUCUCGAAUGUCAGCCUUGGAGUUCACAAGAACCACACUCUCACGAUCGUCCACCAAAUGUAUUUCCACAAAUAGUUGACGGUGAAAAUUAUUGUCGAAAUGUCGGUGGAAAUGAACCGAUGCCUUGGUGCUUUACAACUGAUACAAAAAUUCGUUGGCAGUACUGCAAUAUUCCAAAAUGUGAUAAUUCAACAGAGGAAAUUGUAAAAAUUGGACCCGAUGAUUUAAUAAUGGAUACACUCUUCACACCGACUGUGAUUCUCACUCUUGCCUUUCUCGGAUUUUUAAUGAUCCUAGGAACAUCCCUCGCUUUUCUGUUGAGCCAAAAACUUCGUAAACGUCAUCAAGGUUAUAAUGCUACCGUUAAUCAGGAUAUAAAUAUCGAUCUUGACAAAUUGCCGAGCAACGAUGCGUACCACAAGACAGGAGUGAUGCUAAAUCCAAAAUUGGAAAAACUCGAGUUCCCAAGAAACGAUAUUAUUUACAUUCGAGAUUUGGGCCAAGGCGCUUUUGGUCGAGUGUUUCAAGCAAAAGCCCCAGGUCUGAUUCCAGGCGAUGAAUUCACAAACGUAGCAGUGAAAAUGCUCAAGGACGAGGCAACCGACGAUCUUUUGUCAGACUUUGAACGCGAGGCUUGUCUACUCUCCGAAUUCGAUCAUCCAAAUAUUGUCAAACUCCUCGGAAUUUGUGCUAUCGGUCGACCGAUGUGUCUUCUCUUUGAAUACAUGGGUCGUGGCGAUUUAAACGAAUUCCUACGCACUUGCUCACCGGGAAAUUACAUCGUUCGUAGUUUUGAAAACGAUGGUUCAUUCACCGAUUCACGUCUAUCGCACAUGGAUUUAAUUAACAUUGCGAGGCAAAUUGCCUCCGGAAUGGUUUAUCUGUCGGAUAGAAAAUUUGUUCAUCGUGAUCUCGCUACGAGAAAUUGUCUAAUUAACGAUCAAAUGGUGGUGAAAAUUGCCGACUUUGGAUUGUCGCAGAAAAUUUAUUUACAGGAUUAUUACAAGGGCGAUGAACAGGACGCUAUUCCAAUUCGAUGGAUGCCGUUGGAGAGUAUUCUCUACAAUAAAUAUACUAUUGAAUCGGACGUAUGGGCUUUCGCUGUCUGUCUUUGGGAAAUUUUCAGUUUUGCCCUUCAACCUUACUAUGGAAUGACACACGAGGAGGUGGUGAAAUAUAUUAAAGAAGGAAAUGUACUCAAGUGUCCAGACAAUACGCCAACUGUGGUUUAUGAACUCAUGAAAUUAUGUUGGAAUAGACGACCAUGCGAACGGCCUCCUUUCCGAAAAAUCUUCGUCACUCUGGAAGCCAUUAAAGCUGAUCUUGAAACUGGGAAUGUUUCCGAUAAUCUUCCGAUACGAAUUCAUGUUUAAGGUAAUUUUUUGACUAUUUUUCGAUUUUUAUCAUUACAAAAAGGUUGCUUUUUUCGACCAAAGGAGUUUUUUUUUAAAUUGAAAAUUAGAAAUUUAAUUUCUAUUAGUGAAUUAAAAAUUCACGUUAACUUAUUAAAUAAUAUUAGUUAAAGAAGAAACUAUUUAUUAUUCUUUACGUUUGAAAAAGUAUUUUGAAUUUUUCCAGUAAAAAAAAGUCUGGAAUUUAAAAAAAAAUGGGAGACAAGAACUGAAAAAAUAUUUUUACCCUAAAAGACUGCAAAUAAACCGUCACAAAAAUAUUUCUAUUAAAACGGGACUAAACAUUCGUUUUUCAAGCACUGUCUAUUUAAAUCUUUAUCACUGACGACUGUUUUCAUGCAUUUAUUUUUUAAGAUAAUUUUUAACGAUUUUUCUAGGAAAUUUUUUUCCUGUACAGACUGAAUUUUUGUGAGCUAAGUGGGAGAUUUCUGUUUUUUUUUACACUCGCCACUUUAUUAUAUCGUGAAAUUAAUAUCAAGUCAAAAUGUAAAUUUACAAAACAUAUUUCUAAAAUUUACAAAUAUGUCAAAUACGCGCAGCUUUUAAACCUUUUUUAUUCUUUAAUAUUAUUAAUUUACAUUUCGAAUUUAUUUAAAUAUUUUUCUUCUGCUUGUUUAAUUUUUAAAAAUAAAUUCUUUCGCGACCUCGAAACACAAAAAACGAUUCUGAAGAUUCUAAACUUUAUUAAAAACUUAAAGUUAUUGCAUGUGUGUUUUCGCUGUCUUUCUGCUAAAUGUAUAUUUAAAUAUGUUACAUUUAUAAUAUUUCCUAUAAUUGUUAGGUGUCAGCAUCGUUGAUAUAUAUUUAAAAAAAAAUUUGCAAAAUAAUAGUAAAAGUAUUAUUAGAAGCAGAUUGUUUCUAUAAUUAAAGUCAAUUAUAAAUUUUUUGUAAUUAAUUACAGAAUCAAUCUGAGUGUAACAGAUAUAUUAUAUCUAUUAUUCUAUUAUAUCAUUAAGAACCUUGUUAUACAAGUGUAAAACUUAAGACUACCUGAAACUCACAACAGUAUUGUUAAUCUGUAAAAUCACGAAUUUAGUCGAAUCUCUAUAUUGAAAAAAAGAACAAAAGAAAA